AUGUCGCUUCAAGAAGUGCGUGCUGCUUAUCAGAAAAGCAAAGCACUUUUCUUUGUGCAGUCCUCGAAGCGACAGUUUCAGAUAGCUUUGCCGCGCGCAACGGAUACGAAGGUGCCAUUGAAGCUAGCGCCCGGUUGGCGUGCUGCAGAGGAGGAUGAAAAGCAUCGCCAGCCCAUUGAUGUUAUGAGUGACUAUGAAGCGCGAUUGAUCAAGAAGGAGGCACUUCGCAAUCCACUCGCGGAAGCUGAACCGGACGAGGAUACCCCAAGUGGGCUGCGCCGACGCCAGUUGUCUUUCAAUCUUGGUAACCCAUACAAAAAGAGUUCAUCCAAGGCAAGCAACGUGUAUCAAAAUGAAGCUGCAGACGAGGCCGCAACACUCGGAGGCCAUUCGUCGAAGCGCCAGCGUACGCGCAAGCGAUCAUCUCAGCUGAAACGGGACAAAAAGCACUCGAAACGCUCCCACCGUAUGCAUGGUUCGCCAUCUUUUAAUUCGUCGCCGGGCUCACCUUCCCACUCACCAAGCUCUCCUGUUUCGAGCACUUCAUCGACUGUUUCGUCGCCGGGCCGGAGUGACGGUAGUGACUCGGUGAUGACCGACAGCUCGGUGGGAUCAAACUACUCUGUGAAGGCCGAGGCGGCCCAGAUGCUGGGCAUCCCUCUCCACGACGGCGACUUUGUGGAGGACGAGAGAAGCAGCAGCUUUGUCCGGCUGGUCUAUGGCGUCUUGGCAGAGAAUUGGGAGUCAUGGAGUACCGUCAUCCGUCUCAUCAAGGCUCGCUCGACCACGCAACAGGAGAAGGAGUUUAUUGUGAGUGGUCUGCGCUCCAUGAAGGGCGGACCUGUCGCAGUGAAGACAUACGUCGAGAAAGCCAUUUGGUAUUCGAAACAGUUCCGACAGAAGGUGCUGGAGCAGCAGCUGACUGACUUGCUCGAUGAAGUGAUGAAGCCAGGACCGGAAAAGUCGAUGCUCGAUGGUUCCAAGAAUGACGCAGCAUAG